GAGAAGCUCUUGGACUAUAUCUUCGCCUAGUCCGCGAAAAUUUGAACACUUUUUCGUUUUCAAGGAUUAGGUUCCUAGCGACAAGUUUUUCGAAAUCACCGUCCCAAUCACCGUCCUAGAUGGCUAUGUUACGAAUAUUGCUCGCUUUCCACUUCGCGUUGGCACUUGCCAACACACAGCCCUCUCACCAAGAAUCACAGAUAUGCAUCAUCCCUAACCCGUUACUUACUAUUCCUGCGGAAACAUGUCUAAAGAGUUCCUCACCUGUUAAGCAAGAUGACCAAUCGAGCAAGAAACAACCGCCGAAGAAGGUCUGGAGAUUGGGUGGUCUCUGCCUUGGUCUCAGAGCGGAUAAACACUGCGUCUUCGCUAACCCGACGUUCAAUCAUGGUGAAGGUAUCACGGUAAUCACUACAAUGAAAAGCAUGUCUGCAAUUGCGACACGGCCAGUAUUCACCGGAGAACGGAAUGAACGACCGGGAGAAAUAGAGCCCAAUGCAACCGGGCCGUACCGUGAGGUUGUAAUAGAAGGUAAAGGCAUUGGUUUAGUAGCAACGAGGAAGAUCCGAGCGGGGGAGCUUAUAAUGGCUCUUACGCCCUCGGUUAUGGUCAGCGAAGAUGCGGUUAAGUCAUUAUCAAAGAGAGACCUUUCAGCGCUUCUCGUCCGUGCGUCCGAGCAACUACCUUCUCACCACAAGGAGAACAUAGAAAAACUAUCGACACAUAGCGAAACAAAAACACAGGAGGAGAAACUACACAAAAUUCUGGAGACUAAUUCCUUCCGAACGGGCUAUCAUGAUGGAGAUAACCCGUUUUAUUCUUUGUUUACUGAAAUAUCGCGAAUCAAUCAUGAUUGCCGGCCUACAUGCGCCUAUUACUUUGAUCACAGAGAUUUCCACCAGAGGGUACUCGCUUUGCGGGAUAUCGAACCUGAUGAAGAGUUGACAAUAACCUAUUAUGAUCCCAUCCAAACCCAUUCAGUGAGACAAGAGAUAUUACACAAGGAAUGGGGUUUUCAAUGUGCUUGUAAGCGUUGCAGUGCGGAUGCAUCGACAAUUGCCGAGUCGAAUCAUAGGGUCACGCAAAUCCAAGCCUUGAAGAACGAGUUAGACGAUCAUUCGGCAGCGUCAAACGGGUCGUCCGAAAAGGCCGAGACCCUAGUAUCGUUAUAUAAAGAAGAAGGGAUAUUGGGCCGUUUGAACGAUGCAUACUACAGGGCAGCGAUCGAGUAUAUUGGUGUUGGAGAUAUUGAGAACGCGAAAAAGUACGCCACCCUUUGUAUCGAUCAUGGCCUCCUAUUUAUCGGACCGGACCGACCUUUCAUCAAGGAAAUGCAGCAACUUAUUGAAAACCCAACCGGACAUCCGAAAUGGGAGUUUCGCUUGAAGAAAAAUUAAAACCGGAUUUCUUGGGAUUAUUCAAUCAUAGAGGCUACGGCAUCAUUCAAUAAACGAGCGAUUUCUGCAUGCGCAUCUACAGAUCAAUUCUAGGUCUUGUGUCAUUCACUCGCGAAGGAGGGAGACGUUGUGUAGUAUGUUAAUAAUUACUAAGCGUUGGUGAAUACCGAUAACACCUCCCGAUGUUGAGAUGAUGCGAGGAUACCCUC